GAGCGGCUGGUGAGUGUGAUAUAACCCGCGUCUCUAGGCAACCGGCCCGUCUGAGGACCAUCACCUCCCGUUCAGCACAGCUGCACCGGGACCGUGUUACAGUAAAUAUACGGUGCAUCAUUCCAUCAUUGAGCUCUGGUAGGGACUAGCGGCUUUAUUCAUACAGCAGCGCACGGCGGAGCGUCUGUUUGUCGGUAACAUGCCGCAGAAAUCCUAAAAGGAAACCUCGCCGUUCAAUCCGGAUUGCUUUUGUUCUCGUGGAUUAAACUUGUGUCCGGGAUGGGGAAGGAGCAGGAGCUUCUGGAGGCGGCGCGGACCGGGAAUGUGGGGCUGGUGGAGAAGCUGCUGAGUGGGAAGAAAGGAUUGCUGGGCUCGGGCUCCGGCUCCAUACCUCUGCCCGGGUUACUCAGUAUGUGGAGAGGCGUCAAUGUGAACUGUGCUGACGGCUCAGGAUACACACCUCUGCACCACGCAUCUCUGAACGGACACAGGGACGUGGUGUUGAAGUUGUUGCAGUUUGAAGCCUCUACUAAUGUGGCAGACAGUAAGGGCUGUUUUCCUCUGCAUCUGGCCGCAUGGAGAGGUGACGUGGACAUAGUCCAGAUACUGAUCCACCACGGGCCGUCCCACAGCAGAGUUAAUGAGCAGAACCAUGAAAAGGAGACGGCUCUGCAUUGUGCGGCUCAGUACGGUCACUCCGAGGUGGUCCGUGUUUUGCUGCAGGAGCUGACGGACCCCAGCAUGAGGAACAGUCGAGGAGAAACGCCGCUGGACCUGGCCGCCCUGUACGGCCGCCUGCAGGUGGUCCGCAUGCUACUGACCGCCCACCCCAACCUCAUGAGCUGCAAUACACGCAAGCACACACCUCUACAUCUGGCUGCACGAAAUGGCCAUCACACUACUGUUCGAGUGCUGCUGGAGGCCGACAUGGACGUUAACACACAGACAGAGAAAGGAAGUGCUCUCCAUGAAGCCGCUCUCUUCGGAAAGAUGGAUGUAGUUCAGCUACUGCUUGACUCAGGGAUUGAUGCCAACAUCAGAGAUUACCAAGGAAGAAGUGCUCUAGACAUACUAAGAGAACAUCCAUCUCAGAAAUCACAACAAAUUGCUUCUCUCAUUCAAGAUUUUAUGACGUGGGAUUGUGACAAAGGGAAUUUUCACAAAGAUUUAACCCGUCAGCGUCCAAUACCGACACCACGCACAUCAAUACCCUCACCUGUGCCCUCCCCGUCUCUACGGCAUAAAAAUGACGCAGUAACAGGGGAGUUGUCCAAGUUGCUGAAUGAAAUAAAGAUCUGCCGUGAUAAGGAUUGCUCCUUUGAGGAGCUGUGUCAGACCAUCUCUUCUCACUCUCAGUCCAUGGAGAGCUUCGGCAGUGGGCGGCUGUCUGACGAAGAACAGAACGGCACUCUCACUCGAAUAAACAAGCGGCCCACUCCCCCGUUGCCCCCGGCGAUGGAAGAGGAGGAAAAGAGUUGCGGACCAUCAGGCCUGUGGGAGGCGCUCACUCCCUGCAACGGCUGCAGAAACCUGGGCUUUUCUCAGGACAAGCGAUGUGCUGAAAUUGCCCAUUCUCCAUCACUGGAUGUGUUUUUACCAGAAGAUGAGGACAACCCUUACGAGUCAGUGGCUACAGCUGUCACACGCAAACCCUGCUCUCUGGACAUCCACCUCCACAACGCCUGUCCUCGCAGCGGCCACUUCUCACAUGUGUCGGUCAGUGAUGCAGAGCGAGGUAACCAUGGUGAUGACUUUACAUGUCUGACUCCUGACUGUUCCCCUCCUUCACCUGAUACAGCCCUGAGGAACAUCGAGAGAGUCAUCCGCCCCCAGCCAAAGCAACGGACCUCAUUAUCCUCCUCCCAGGACGUCCAGAAACCCCUACAGAACCACAGCGGUGAGCCUUCAGAGGUCAGUUCAUCACUCGGCUACGCCAGCUUCAGCACCAGCCCCCCCGCCAGCCCCCCCAUCAGCCCCGCCAACUGCUCCAUCGGAUCGGUCGAAGACUACGGCCUCACUGACGAGGCGGCGCACCAGAAGGAGUGCAUAGAGCAAGACGACCGAAGAAACAGCCACGUUCCCGAGCAGUUCGCUGGCCUCCUUCACGGCUCGUCUCCUGCCUGCGAAUCCCCUGACAACCCUUACCAACUCUACAGCAAAGUGCGAAAGUUCAGCAUUCCUGAGCCUCCGCUCCGGCACGGGGAUUUUCUCAGAGCACCCGAGUACUCGCCCCCAUUCCCUCGCACAGGCAGCGAGGCGUCUGCCCUAAAGACCCAGAAAGAAGCCAAACCGCAAAUAGUCUACAGGACGAUUUUUCACACCCAGGUCAACCAGGGCCCAUUAACGCUCACCAAAUCGGGCAACAAGACCACCGGGGUGCAUGUGAGGAACGGGGAAGUCCGGAGCAAAAGCACGGGGAGCUCUAGCCCAGCAAGCAGCAAUUCUGGCUACGAGGAAAGAGCCUGCACUCUCGGGAGGAUGAGGUCCAUGCCCAAAAAUGUUUUGGACCUUCAGCUGUCCAGAAAUUUCUCCAAAUCAGACUCGAACCUGGUGGCCGUGUCUCCCAUCGAGGAGGAGCAGUGGAGUUCCAGGGGGCAGAACAGCCCCAGUAAAAGCAGCCCCGGUAAAAGCAGCCCCAACAGACUAGAGAGAACCCCCUCCUUUACGGCAGAGUGGGAAGAGAUUGACAAGAUUAUGAGCUCCAUAGGUGCUGGAAUUGGAACAGAGUUGGAGGGGAUUACGGAGGAUCACUCAGGUCCCCGCUGCCCCGUCCAGUCCGUGGGACAGUGGCUGGACAACAUCGGUCUCGUGCAGUAUGAAAACCACCUGCUGUCUAACGGCUUCGACAACGUUCAGUUUAUGGGUAGUAAUGUCGUGGAGGACCAGGACCUGCUAGAGAUCGGGAUUUUAAACUCUGCCCACAGACAGCGACUUCUUCAGGCUAUUCGCCUGCUGCCCAGGGUUCGGCCCAUUGGUUACGAUGGAAAUAACCCCACCUCAGUGGCAGAAUGGCUGGAGUCUCUGGAGCUGGGAGACUAUACCAAGUCUUUCCUCAUCAAUGGCUACACCUCCAUGGAGCUGGUCAAGAAGAUCUGGGAGAUCGAGCUCAUUAAUGUUCUUAAGAUUAAUUUGAUCGGCCACAGGAAAAGAAUACUAGCGUCACUUGGAGAUCGACUGCACGAAGACCCUCCACAGAAACCACCACGGGCCAUCUCUCUAAGGGAGCCCACCGGGAACCACACUCCACCUCAGCUGUCCCCUUCUCUGAGUCAGGCCUAUCCCAACGCCGGCUCCCUGGACGUCCAGCACCUCAUCAUGCAGGCCGACGCCAGACGCAGACGCAACGACAACUACUUCGAGGAUGUGCCGCGCUCGAAACUAGAGAGACAGAUGGCACAAGUCAGUAUGACGACAGCAGAGACGAUAACGCAAGGGGAAUGGUGCGAGCCAAUCACGUUACGGCCUCCGAACGAGGCGACGUCCUCUACGCCAGUGCAGUACUGGCAGCACCAUCCUGAGAAGCUUAUAUUCCAGUCAUGUGACUAUGAAGCAUAUUAUCUGGGCUCUAUAUUGGUGAAGGAGUUGCGCGGUACAGAGUCCACGCAUGAUGCCUGCGCAAAAAUGAGGAAGUCUACAGAACAGAUGAAGAAGAUUCCCACCAUAGUACUGUCUGUCUCCUAUAAGGGCGUCAAGUUUAUUGAUGCCACUAACAAGAACAUUAUAGCAGAGCAUGAGAUCAGGAAUAUCUCAUGUGCCGCGCAGGACCCUGAAGAUCUGUCCACAUUUGCGUACAUCACCAAGGACCUGAAAUCCAGCCAUCAUUACUGCCACGUGUUUACAGCUUUUGAUGUGAAUCUGGCCUACGAGAUUAUCCUGACGUUGGGCCAGGCGUUUGAGGUGGCGUAUCAGUUAGCCCUGCAGGCCCGAAAGAGCGGCCACGGGUCAUCCACUCUGCCCGAGAGCUUCGACAGCAAACCCUCCAAACCUGUCCCUAAACCUCGUGUCAACAUACGCAAAUCUAUGGAGCAGCCCUCAAUGGAUCAAAAGGGCCACGCCAAUGUUCCCUGGAUAGUCGAGCCAGGACAGGAAGCCAAAAGAGGAGCCAACACCAAGGCAAUGGCGGACGCCCAUGUCUAUUACAGUGGAAUUCAGAGAAUGUAGCCUGCCCCUAACAUGGACCCUCACUCUCACAUGCAUUGCAAAAACGGACCACAAAUACGGACCCUAAAAGCGUCACUGGAGCCUCUCGUAACACACGUGUAAGGAUUUGCACAAGGACUUUUUCCCCUGGGACUUGGUGUACGCGUACAAGGACUGCCGACGUGGACCCUUUUGACGAAACACUCGCAUGCACUCGCACACACACACUGCAUAAAAAAAACAACAGGAGGAGACUGUGGAAUUCGAAUGUAUACUUUUCAAGAGGCAGCGAUUUGAGUUGCGUUCUGAAGGACGGCGGCCGACAUAGAACUUUGUUGCGCGAGAGACGGACUGGGGAAGGACUGUCGCUAUGGCGACUCGGACACACUACACUGACUUUUCCUAAUAUCUAGUCCAAAAUACCAUGGCAUGUCUGGACUGGGAUAAAAACGGACAUUUACAUAAAUUUCUGUAUUUUUUCUUUUCUGUUUUCUUUGUUUCUAUCUUCCUUUCUUUAUUUCAUUUGUUUAUGGUUAUUGAUCUAAAAAUAUGAAUAUGCACAAUGUGAAUGGACUCAUUGCACUGGACAACCACGAAACUGAUGCGUCUCGUGCCAAAAUCACUAUGGAACGGUUGUUGACGUAAUUGGCAAUGCCACGCAGAUUAAUAUUCAUAUAUUGGCAAGAAAUUUUACUGUUUAAUAGAGAACUAUAUUACCAUUACUGUAAUAUUUACAAUUAUUAUAAUUAUUAUUCUUAUUGUGCAAUUCUCGUCUGAUGUCGUCUUAACGUAACAUUAUUUUUAUAUGACGCGUCAAGCUAAAAUAAGCAGCCAUUCGUGAAAACAAAAAAAUAUUAUUAUAUUACUACGGAGGAACUGAAUGUGCGGAUGGCAACAGAUAUCUUAUUUUCACUCAUUGUCACUGUAGAAUUUUGCCACAGUUCUGUAAAUAAAUAUUUUGUUGACUCA